CACGAAGACGGCACGGAAAUGAUCGCCAACGCGAGCGCAACGCCCAGGCAAGAGCUGUUAUCGCUGGCCGACACGUGGGGCUUAGGGCACACCGCCGUCGACUUCGCCCGGCAACUUGACCGCGAGGACCCGCUGAAGAAAUUUCGGGAAUGCUUCGUCAUCCCCAAAGUGGUUGACUUGACGGAAGUGGAUCCGGAGUUCAUCGAGUCACCGGAGCAGGAAUGCAUAUACAUGAGCGGCCACCUGCUUGGCGUAAAGCCGAAAGCUGUGGACGAUGAGAUUCAGAAAGUUCUGGACGACUGGGGAAAGAGGGCUGUACAGUGCUUCCGGCAAGGGCACUUACCCGCUUCAACGGCCGACCUCUACCCGAAGCAGCGCAUGGCUGAGAUCGUAGGCGCCGACCAUGAUGAGAUCGUUUUCAUGAACGGCCUCACCGUCAACCUGCAUCUGCUCAUGAUGACGUACUACAGACCAGAAGGGAGGAGGACCAAGGUGGCCGUGGAAGCCGAUGCGUUCUCAACAGACUUGUAUGCUGCGCAGUCCCAGGUGAGCCACCAUGGCCUCGACCUGGCGUCCAACCUGAUCCUUCUGAGCUCCAGGAAGGGCGAACAGUUGCUCAGAGAAGAGGAUAUAUAUGACGUCAUCGACAAAGAGGGCGACACCAUCGCCCUCCUGCUCCUGUCCGGAGUGCAGUACCAGACGGGCCAGGCUCUGGACAUCCGGGGAAUCACAAGUGCCGCUCGCAAAAAGGGUUGCAUCGUGCUGUGGGAUUUGGCUCACGCCGUCUGCAACGUGGAGCUGAGGUUGAACGAAUGGGAGAUAGAUCUGGCCGCCUGGUGCACGUACAAGUACAUGAACUGCGGUCCCGGCAACACUGCAGUGGCGUACGUUAGCCACAAGUUCCGCAAGGCCUGUGACCGGCUGCCGGAGCUGAGAGGCUGGUGGGGCAACGACGGAAAGACCAGGCUACUCAUGAGACGUGAAUUCGAACCUUCGCCGUCGGCGGACAUGUUCAAAGUCUCCGUCGGAAGCGCCGUCCUGAUCGCGCCAAUCAUGACAAGCCUACAGAUAUUCAGCGAGGUUGGCGAGCCGAACCGUCUGCGCAAGCAGUUCCUCCUGACCGGUUACAUGGAGCUCCUGUUGACGGACUUGCUCGGUGCCAGCCACGACCACGAGGACAGUACGCGCCCGUUCCAUCUGCUCACGCCGGCCGACGUUAGGCGCCGAGGAAGCCAGCUCAGCCUGCACUUAGCCGCUCCCUACGAUGCCCGACGCGUGCUUCAAGAGCUCCUGCGACGAGGCAUCGUCGGAGACCUGCUCCCUCCAUCGGUGCUCCGCUUCACGCCGACUCCUUUGUACAACACCUUUGAAGACGCGUACAACUGCGUACGAGCGCUCAAGGAGAUAUGCGAUCGGUUCACCACGGAGGGGACGCCCUACACUAAUGGCCACUGAGGACUGCUCAUACGCAUGCGUGCUGUGGUUGUUCUAUUCGGCAACAUGUCAUCGACGAUUGCGCAGCUGCGUCACAACAGCGGGA